UGGGAUGUGUCUGCCUUCCCCAGAACCUGCCGACAUGGCCGAUCGUGGGGCUGAUGAGCCAUCCUCCAGGACAGGGAGUCCAGAUGGGGAAAGUCGAGUCUCUGAGGACAGAUGGUCGCUCCAUCAGAGGCUGGCCAUCAGGGAGCUCAUUGACACAGAGGCCUCGUACGUGCACAUGCUCCAGCUCUGCGCCUCGGACAUCAGGAGCGGCCUGCAUCAGCUGCCGCAGGGAGAUCUGGAUGUCCUGUUCUCAAACACCGAUGAUAUCAUCAAGGUGAACAGCAGAUUGCUUCAGGACCUGCAGGAGACAGACUCCAGGGAAGAGGAACAAGUGCAGCUAAUUGGUAACUUAUUCCUGGAAUUCCAAGAGGAGUUGGAGCAAGUCUUAUAAGAUCUACUGUGCCAGCUACGACAAGGCCUGCUGCUGGUGGAGUCGUACCGGGCGAGGCCAGAGCUGCAGCAGAGAUCCGGGGGCAUUAUUGAGGCUGUGUGACCCCAAGCUGGACCCUCAGGCCUCAGUUUCCUACUGGUCAUCCCUCUGCAGAGGAUUACCAAGUACCCGCUGCUGCUGCAGAAAUUCUGGAAGAACACACUCCCCCGAUGCCAGUGCCUACCUGUUCUCCAGAGGCGGACCUCCGCCCUCCAGGACGUGAACAUCAACAUCAAUGAGUACAAGAGGCGCAAGGAAUUGGCUUCCAAGUAACAAGUGGAGCAGCUCACCCUCCGGGAGCGGCUGGCCCGCAUCAACGCACACACCCUGUCCAAGAAGACCACACGGCUAAGCCAGCUGCUGAAGCAGGAGGCAGGGCUCGUGCCCAGGACGGAAGACAAGGAAUUUGAUGACUUAGAAGAGAGGUUCCACUUGGUGUCACUGUGUGUGACUGAGCUGAAGAACAACGUGGCUACUUACCUGGACAAUCUGGAGGCUUUCCUGCGCUUCCGGCCGCAGGAAUACGACCUGGACAUUCCCGAGGGGCCUGCGGGGCAGUACUGCAGCCUGGCCAGAGACCUGCAGCUCCGGGCCUUCCCCGAGUUUAAGCAGCGGCUGGAAGGCCUGGUGUGGCAGCCACUAUGCAGCCUGGCCAAAGCCCUGGCUGGCUCUCGGAACCUGAUCAAGAAGCGUCUGGACAAACUACUGGACUUUGAGCGGCUGGAAGAGAAGCUGCUGGAGGCAGGCAGCGUGACCUCCGAGGAGGAGGAGGCCCGGCAUACGUACCAGGCACUCAACUCCCUGCUGGUAGCUGAGCUCCCACAGUUUAACAAGCUGGCGGAGCAGUGGCUGGGCCAGAUUCUUCGCACAUUCGUGGCUCUGCAGAGGGUUGCAAAGCAAGUGUUGCAGAGGGCAGAGAGCAGCUUGGCUCAGCUGCCUCACCACCAGCUCUCCGAGCCAGCCUUCAGGAAGCUGGUGGAGGACGUUCUCGGCCAGACCAGUCACCAGCUUCGCUCCUUUCAAGAGAACUUCGAGAAAGUGCUGCCGCCUCUCGCUAUACAACCACUCCUUCCAGGUGCUGAACGCCAGGUGCAGGCUCUCCUGAGCAAGUAUGGCCCAGGAAAGCUGUACCAGGUGACAGGCAACACCAGCGGGGCUAGGACGCUGGACCUGACGUUGCAGCGGGGCCAAAUCGUGGCCCUCCUUCAAAACAAGGACACCAAAGGCAACAGCAGCCGCUGGCUGGUGGAUACUGGGGGACAGCGAGGGUACGUGCCUGCUGGGAAACUGGAACUGUACCACGUCAUCCCCAGUGAGGAGAAGCUCAGGGAGCAGGCACAGCCUCGCGAGGACUUCCGACAUCUAACACCAGAGCCCACCCCAGCCCCGGUCCCCUCUGUCCCAACCAGAACUCAGGUGAUCGCCGUGUACCCCUUUGUGGCCAGAAGCAGCCAUGAAGUGAGUCUGCAGGCAGGCCAGCCCGUGACUGUCCUGGAGGCCCAGGACAAGGAGGGGAACCCGGAAUGGAGCCUCGUGGAGGCAGAUGGACAGCAGGGAUACGUGCCUUCCAGCUUCCUGGCCGGGGCCCUGAGCCCCGCACCUUGGGGCUGGAACCUGCCCUCCUAGGUUCAAGGGAGGUGGAGGAUCAGAGGCUGGGAGCCCAGGACAGAGAGGCAGAGGGAAGCAGUGUGUGGGCAGGGGGAGAGUCAGGCCACGGUGGGGCAGGGCGAAGGGCUCUCAGCAGGCAGCGGAAGAGGUGGGUGUGCCUUGCAGAAUGCUUGUGUGGGUGGGCUCAAAAGGCUCCAACCUGCACGGCCCAUGGUGUCUUCACAAAGGGGUGCUUCUAAGCUGGAGUCACAGCCCCCUGACUGGCAGAUCAAAUCGUUCUGGAUUUGCUGGAGCUCACAGCCAGGCCUACCUGUGCCCCCAUCUGGGCCUGCCCACAGAGAAGGUCACCGGAUGUUACCUGUGUGCUCUGUGGGUACAGGGAGGGGUGCUGGAGAAGCCUGGACCUGCCUGGCCUGACAGUGGACUUCCUACAUGUGGUGUCAGGAGGCACCGUAGCCAGCCAGUCAUCCUUCAGUUCUCUGUGCUGGGCGCUGAGCUAUGCUGGGCAGUGAACCCCUGAGAACCCAUUCUAGUCGGGGAGCGGAGCUUGUCAGGACAGGGGAGAGGUUCCCAGGAAACUUGCCUGGGCCUGGGAGUGGGCCAAACCACAGUUCUGGAAUGUGUGUAGGUAAAUGCAACCUAUUCCGGGGAAUAGGAGAGUUUGAGGGUGUGUUAGGUGGGGGUGUGAGGCUGUUGCCAGGUGGCUGUACACUGUUGCUGUGUUCUCUGAGCCAGGGGCUGGAGGGCCAUGCAAAUCAGAAAGGACAUUGUGAAGCAGGUGAGCACAGGCCUGGUGGGGGGGAGCUUAGGUAAGGGCUUGGCUUCCUGUUUCCAGAAGAAGGGGAUCCAGGGGAACCCCAGAUGGUCUCAGGAGGCCACCGAGGGCCUGGGGGCAACAGUGGCUAUGGUGUCAGUUGUCUGUGGGUCCUGAGACACAGGACACAGCCUCCUUCUUCCCAUCCCACCAGACCUGACUCACAGGGCCGUGGCACGAAUGACAUGAGGCUAAGGAGGUGGAAGCUCCUGGCGAAGUGUGAGGUGUAUAUAAACGCACACUGGCCUUGGCAGUGGGCUGUGCUGGAAGCUCACUCAGGCUGGCCCCAGCAUCAGCGUUCACACUGCCCCUUCCCGUGCCCGUGGCCGAUGUCGUUCGUCAGCAUGGCGUCCUUUCCCGUCGCCCUAGGAUCUACUGCAGGCUCCUUCUCAAUGCUGCUCUCUAGGUAGCCAAACCCUUGACCCUGUCAUCCUCUCUAGAACCUGGAAAUGGAACCCCCCCAUAAAAUACUGACCCACGGGGGCAAUUUUGGGUGCAGCCACUGUCGAAUCAUCUCUAGGAUGUUGUUUUGGGCUCAGAUAAUUACAAGACUCACAGGAGAACGAAGAGACCCAGCAUGAUCUUUAAUACAAAUGACAACACUUGGGGCCGACCCAGGUUAGAAUGUGUGUACGAACAGGUGUCAGUUGAGACUAAGCUCUGCGUUAUCGUACCUGUAGUGCCUAUAGUUGUCAGCUCUGGCUUUUAGGGGGCUCUUAAGAAUGUACACACACAUCUGUGUCAGACGGUGCGUAACUCACCUCCUCAGGGCUUGUGAAAGCAUGGAGGUUGCAUAGUGCCAAGGAAACUCAACUCCACAAGCCCUUUCCCAGCCCCAAAUUCACUUUACAAGAUGCUCUUGACUCAUGUUCCUUUCUCUUUCCUUCUCAGAUUGCUGAUACAAAUAGGAAGCAUAGGAGAGCAGAUAAUAAAAUAAGAAACCCACAUGUGGUUCCACAAUACGGACUGAGAGCCUGCUGGGCGCUAGAACCCCGGCUCAGGGUUUCUCAGGGUGCCUGCUCACUGCAGUCACGGGGGCAGCUUUCAGGUAUGGCUGCCACCAGGACCCCACUGGAGAUGCUGAUGUAAUUGGUCCGGGGAGUGGCCGGGGCCUCCGGAACUCAGAAAGUGCUCCACAUGCUCAGCGUGUGGCCAGGGCUGGGGACCUCUGCCCUAGACACACAGCGGUGGACCAGAGGCCUAGGGUCGGAAAUGGGCGCCAGCUGUGAGCUACAACGCUCCCCCUGAGCUUUGCACUAGCUCGGAUGUUUCGAACAGGCGGCUUCAGAGGUGGUCUGAAGCAGGACAACCUGUUCAGGACAGUCUGGUCAGGUCCCAGAAUGUAUAUUUAUUAAGUGCCAUUAAAAGGGACCUGAACAAAACUGGAUGUUCUUGCAGGCACAAGGGAGGAAACUGAAAUACACUCGGAACCAAAUUGGUCUCGUGAAGGG